AGUAGAGGGGGGGAAGAAAAAAAGACGAGUGGCGACUGAAUGAAGUCAGCUGACCUCAGGCUGCUGUCACGCACCGCAGUAUCAACCGUUUCUCUCUCGAGUUCAGACACAAACCUGUAAAGAUGGACAUGUCCAAGCUGCCCAAGAUCAGAGAUGAGGACCGAGAGAGUCAGUUUGGAUACGUGCAUGGCGUCUCUGGACCAGCUGGUGUGUCGGUGGGAGACCCUGUGCUGCGGACAGGGAAGCCCCUCUCCGUCGAGUUGGGUCCAGGAAUCAUGGGGUCCAUCUUUGACGGUAUCCAGCGACCCCUAAAGGACAUCAAUGACCUCACAAAGAGCAUCUACAUCCCCAGAGGAGUCAACAUCGGAGCCCUGAAUCGAGACCUGAAGUGGGAGUUUUGUCCCAGCAAGAGCCUGAGGGUUGGAAGUCACAUCACAGGGGGAGACAUCUACGGCAUGGUCUACGAGAACUCCCUCAUCAAGCACAAAAUCAUGCUGCCUCCUAAGAACCGGGGAACCGUCACCUACGUGGCUCCGCCUGGAAGCUACGACAUCUCAGAUGUGGUGAUGGAGCUGGAGUUUGAGGGCAUAAAGGAGAAGUUCACCAUGGUGCAGGUGUGGCCUGUCAGACAGGUGAGGCCUGUCACAGAGAAGCUGCCCGCCAACCACCCGCUGCUGACCGGACAGAGAGUGCUGGACGCCCUUUUCCCAUGUGUGCAAGGAGGAACCACGGCCAUUCCAGGAGCCUUCGGCUGCGGGAAGACCGUCAUCUCUCAGUCCCUGUCCAAAUACUCCAACAGCGAUGUCAUCAUUUACGUCGGCUGCGGGGAGCGAGGAAACGAGAUGUCGGAAGUGCUGAGAGACUUCCCCGAGCUCACCAUGGAGGUGGACGGAAAGACGGAGAGCAUCAUGAAGAGAACAGCGCUGGUGGCCAACACCUCCAACAUGCCUGUCGCUGCCAGAGAGGCCUCCAUCUACACAGGGAUCACACUGUCAGAGUACUUCAGGGACAUGGGGUACAACGUGAGCAUGAUGGCUGACUCCACCUCCCGUUGGGCCGAAGCUCUCAGGGAGAUUUCUGGACGUCUGGCUGAGAUGCCUGCUGACAGUGGAUAUCCUGCCUACCUGGGCGCCCGGCUCGCCUCCUUUUACGAACGUGCUGGGAGGGUCAAGUGCCUGGGGAACCCUGAGAGGGAGGGCAGCGUCAGCAUCGUGGGAGCUGUUUCUCCUCCCGGAGGUGACUUCUCUGAUCCCGUCACUUCAGCCACACUCGGUAUCGUUCAGGUGUUCUGGGGUCUGGAUAAGAAGCUGGCCCAGAGGAAGCACUUCCCCUCUGUCAACUGGCUCAUCAGCUACAGCAAAUACACCCGUGCUCUGGAUGAAUACUACGACAAACACUUCCCAGAGUUCGUGCCUCUGCGCACCAAGUCCAAGGAGAUCCUGCAGGAGGAGGAGGACCUGGCUGAGAUCGUGCAGCUCGUUGGAAAGGCUUCACUGGCUGAAACUGAUAAAAUCACCCUGGAAGUGGCCAAACUCCUUAAAGACGACUUCCUGCAGCAGAAUGGCUACACUCCUUACGACAGGUUCUGUCCUUUCUACAAAACGGUGGGCAUUCUGUCCAACACGAUCGCGUUCUACGACAUGGCGCGACACGCAGUGGAGACCACGGCUCAGAGCGACAACAAGAUCACCUGGGCCAUGAUCAGGGAGCACAUGGGAGAGAUCCUCUACAGGAUCAGCUCMAUGAAGUUUAAGGACCCGGUGAAGGACGGCGAGGCCAAGAUCAAGGCCGAGUACGCUCAGCUGUUGGAGGACAUGCAGAACGCCUUCCGCACACUGGAGGAGUAGACCCCAACGUUCUCUCUGGACCCUCAUCCUCCACUGCAGAGCUCAUUCCACCUCCACUUCAUUACCCACCCCUCCACCCCAACCCUACCCCCACCCCUCGUGCUCCUUUGUGAUUGUGUGUGUGUGUGUGUGUGUGUGUGUAAAACCUACAGUGGAGGAGAGAAAGAGAAAGAUGUACUGUAUUAUUAUAAUUAUUAUUGUUUGCUGCGUCAAACAGACGUACUCUGUCUCCUCUGCAUGGUCACUGAUGGGGUGUGUGUGUGUGUGUGUGUG